CUGCCAUGAGUUUCAGAAGAAAAAAAGGACUGAAAUUGAAAGCUGGUUUCUUCUGCAAUGGCAUUCUCAUCCACCCCAGGCCCAAAACACUGGUUCCUUGUUGCAGCUCUCAUCUCCAUUGCUGUCUCAUGCUGCAAAUCAGAGUUUACCCAGGAUGAUCCAGCUCAAAUUGUUGCAAAAGCAUUACUGUGCUUUAAUAAUAAAUAUAUUUAUAGCAGCUGUGAGGAAACUUACAGAUUGAAAGAGAGUGGAAACCUCAAUGUCCCCCCUCAAGAAACUGAUCAAUACUGUAAUGGGCCUUGCCUGGAGGAGACAAACCUUGUGCUUGACUGCAUUGAUGGCAUCUUAAACAACUUUCUGUUUUACAACAAAGCCACAGUUCAAGACAUAAGGACUACACUCAGUGCUGGAUGUGGCUACACCAGUGAAAGAGGGAACUUCAAUGUUGCACAGCACAUGCAAGCUGAUUAUAGCCAUGCAUCUAAAGCCCCCCUGAUAAGCCUGUGUCUGCCUGUGACCAUGAUCACCCUCUUUGCUUUCUUGUUCUAAGUAUAUAUAAUUAACGACUUAACCCCACCCCCACCCCCACCCCCACCCCCACCCCCCAAUAAAAGAAGGGGUCUCCAUAGCUCAUUGCAAGAAAUAUGUACUAAUUGAUGAUUCUAUAGAUA